AAACCAAGUUUAUGGCUAUACUAUAAAUCUUCUUCUUUUCUUUAAUGGCAAUCGGUUGCUAUUUUUACUACUAUUUCUGCCCGCCUUACAGCUCUUUAUACAUAAUAACGAACUGUAUAACUUAUACUGGAGAUGGAAAUUAUAACUAAACCUACUAGUUUUAGUCCGUUAUCAAUCUCUAAUCAGUGUCAGUCAGUGUGGAGUUCUGACUGGUGAAUGAUUUAAAAUUCUGAAUUGAUUGAAUGUUGUGUUGUUGAUCAAAGAGAAUGUAAUAUCUAAUCUUGUUUUGAUGUUAUUUUUGAAAUACCCAAAUAUUUAAUUUACUACCAUUAACUUAAAUAACAAACUUUUCAUAAACAAUCGAAAUUAAUUUGUAGUGUGAAGAUGUUGCGCACAAAAAUUAAUAUAGUAAUAAGUGCCAUUGGAGUUGUUUUAGGAAUAUCAGCUUUUAUAUGUUUUUGCAUUGUUUAUGCGAAUGUGGAGGCAGGAAUGUGGGCACUGCUAUCUGGUAUCCAUUCAGGGUUAGUGCUGAUGUUGCACUGUCAUUACCUAAAGGAAUCUCUACAUGCAAACUUUUCUCGAAAAGCAUUACAAUACAUUGGAGACUUUGGUAUUGUUGGUUUUGUGUCUGGUGCAGCACUAACACUAUUCUACUUGUUUCUGGAAAUUUAUUACAAAGCUAAUAUACUACCAAUCCAAACAAGUAUUAUUAUCAGAUUGGUGUGGUCUUUCAUCAUGAUGAAGUGGGGUUUGAUGGUCUACAUCACCAGUAAGAAGUACCAACGUACAUACAAUGAUGAACAACUGUUCUCAGAGAGUCCGAAUAUUGAAGAGACAUAAUUAUAGAUCGUAUGUAGAUUUUACAGUUUCAGGUACACUGUCAGUUUUAUAAUGAUACCAUUAUACAUAGUCAUUUAUAAAUAUCAAUUGGUAAUGUUAUAAAUAUUCUUUGGAUUACACAUUUACGUACCUAUACAUAAACAUAUUACAUAGUACAAGUAGCAUAUUACAUUAUGUGUUUGUCCUAUUUGGUGGUUUGUAUUUACACAGAUGGUGGUAGAAUAUAGGGGGCAACAAAUUUGAAGCCAAAGGUUACAGUUUUAUUGACAAAAAUAAUUGUAAUUAAAUUGUAGAGGUUGUGGUAGGGGUGGCAAAAUUUUUAUAGUCUGCAUAUUAUAAAUUGUAAAAUUCAACUGUUGUUUGAAAAAAGCUAAUAUUGUGUUCACUGCCUAUUUUUCUCAGCUUCUCAUCAAAAUGACCAUAUAAAUAUACACUGUUCACAUUUUUAUGAGAAGCUAAAAGUUAGAUUUAUUUGAAUAUAAAUUAUUUCUGCUCUAUUACUACUAUUAUUACUACUACUAUCUACUAUUAUUUUCAUUAGAUUAUUAUUGAUUUCAACACUAAAAAUUUUACUCAAUACAAUACAAUUGAUGAAAUAUCUGUAGAAUGUAAGUUUAAUUCUGUGAAACAGUAACAAUAAAAUGUAUUGUAUCACAAUAAUUCUACUAUUGUACAAAUUCUGUCUAGUAACAAUUUAUUUGGGUUUUAGUUGAAGUCACAUUCUAUUAAUGAUGCCACGCUUGGUAGGGGGUUUGGCAACCGCAGAUGUUUUAAAACGCUGCUGUCCAUCCGUCUACCGUUAAGUUCCCUUUAUUGCCUUUUACGACAAGAGGAAUAAUUUCCUUCCAUAAAUUUGCACUUUUCCAAGAAUAACAUUUUUUUUUCUCUUUUAUUGGGUCAACAAACAGUAGACACAAUAAUAAUAUAUAUACAUAUGUAUCUAAAUAUCAAUAAUUUUAAUGCCACCAACGACGUUGGUCACCUACUACAUUGGUACAUAACAGAAUGUAAAUUUCUUCCAGUCCCAUGCUCGAUAGUCAUAAACGGUAAAUACACACGCGCGAUAAAUUGUAAAUAGUUGUGAUUAUUAUUAGUAAGGAAAUUGACUUAAGAUUAUUGUUUCAACAACAGGGUGAUAUCGGAGCCGUUAGUCGCACGUAAAACUUAUUCAUAAAAACGUCAGACGACUCAUAAACCUAUUUUAGCUAUUGAACUGUUUCAUCUCUUUCUUUUAGCUACAUUCCCAGUUUGAAAGAAAGUAACAAAAGAGUUCAAUAGAUAAAAUAGAUUUAUAGCAGGUUGCAGUAUUUAUGAAUAAGGGGGUAAGAUUCAAUCCGUGUUAUAAAAUGUAUUAGGACUUGAGGAAGAAAUUUUUUCUUGUAUCAAAAAUGCGCCGUGUCAUCGAAGUCUCUAAGUUUUUUGUCGUUUCUCGUCCCAGAUUUCUUUAGUGACGAGUUUCACUGAUAAAAAAUUUCCCUUAAAAGGAUACUAACAAUUUCAAUAUCAUCCCGUGUUAAAUUACGCGUAUAAAUACAGGGAUUUUGUUUUUCAUAAUAUAAUUAAAUGAACUAUCUAAUAGUUUUUUUUUUUUUUUAUUUUAUUAUAAUAUUAUUUUUCUAGUCUGUUUGUUUUGUUCUUAUUGGAAACUUAAGUAAAAUAGGUAUACAUUAUCGGAAUUCUUUUUUUUUUAAAUUGAAUAUUGUUUUUAUAAUUUCUAGUUCCUACUAAUAAAAAACACGAUACUGAUUAUUACGUAUUGGUUGGUAUAUAAAAAUCUCAUUUUUUAUAUUUGUAGACUGCCAUACACUUGACAUAUUUACGAAAAUGU